CAUCACUGCUUUCCUUCCUAAACCCACGGCCUUUACUGUACAACGAGCAUUGAUAAUCUUCCGUUGAAGCUAUUCUCCCAAAAAUGUUUGAACCACGCCUCGGACUCGGCUGAGCUCGUUUGGAUCAAAGCCGAGACGUUGUAUAAAGCUCAUUUCCAAACUGGGUUAUCACCAUUCAUCACAUUGUAAACUCGGCGCGGCUACAAGACGGCCAUCUCUGACCUGGCAAGAACGAGGCUGUUAUUUCAUUUCUCUCUUCGCUUCCACCACUACGACGAUGUUCGUCCAGUCUCUCGUUUUACCUUUUGUUCUCGGCUUGAGCACAAUACGACCUUCGUUUGCAGCUAACGCUGAACAAUGGCGUUCACGUUCCAUUUACCAAGUUAUGACGGAUCGAUUUGCUCGGACAGAUGGUUCGACAACCGCAGCCUGUGACCCAUCGUCUACCAGUUACUGCGGCGGUUCAUGGAAGGGCAUCGAGAAUAAGCUUGACUACAUCCAAGGAAUGAACUUUACCGCGAUAUGGAUCAGUCCCACGAUUGAACAGAUAGCUGACAAUACUUAUGAAGGCGAAGCCUACCAUGGCUAUUGGCCCAAGAAUUACUACAACGUAAAUUCAAAAUUUGGCUCCGCCGAUGACCUUAAGAGUCUCGUCAACGCCGCACAUGCUCGCGGGAUGUAUGUCAUGGUCGACAUUGUCGUAAACCACUUUGCGAACUGGGGAGACUCAAACAUCAACUGGAGCGGGUUGACUCCGCUAAAUAGCGAAUCAUACUUUCAUUCCAAAUGCUGGGUCGACUGGAAUAACCAGACUUCUGCUGAGCAAUGUUGGAUGGGCGACGGAUAUGUCCCACUCAUGGAUGUCAACACUGAAGACGACCAAGUUGUCACCAUCUUGAAUAACUUUGCGCGUAACUUGACCACCACAUAUGGCUUUGACGGCGCUCGUCUUGAUGCAGCCAAGAGCAUUAGGAAAGACUUCUGGCCCGCUUUCGUCAGCGCUUCCGGUGUGUACAGCCAGGGAGAGGCAUGGUACGGAGAUGCUCCAACCCAAUGUGCCUACCAAGAUUACAUGGAUGGCGUUCAUAACUAUGUCAUGAAGACAUUUGCCACGGAGGCUAUCAGUGGGCAGGGCAAUAUGACCAUGUUGGCUGGUAAGAUGAAUGGUCUCGUUAGCACAUGCAAGGAUGUUUCACUGCUUGGUUCGUUCAUGGAAAAUCACGACAACGCAAGAAUGGCUUCGAUAUCUUCCGACACCGCUAUCCUGAAGACCGCUGCAGCUUUGACAGUUCUUUCUGGAAAUGGAAUCCCAAUCGUUUUCUACGGACAAGAACAAAUGUCUACUGGUAACAACGCCCCUCAGAAUCGUCAAGCUCUCUGGUUAACCGGUUACCCAACUGGCUCCAACAAACUGUACGCAUACUUCGCCACCCUCAACACAUUCCGCAACCACGUCAGCACCUCCGACAGCGCGUUCCUCACUGCAAAGCCCACAUACGAAGCCCCCCUGAGCACUGUAAUGAGUGUUAGGAAAGGCAACAUGAUGUUAUUCAUCAGCAAUGAAGGAAGCAAAACUCCGAGCACAAAACUCACUUCAAGUGGAUGGUCUGCUAACACUGCCCUUGUCGAUAUUUUGAGCUGUCAGUCGGUGACUUCGGACGGAAGCGGAAAUGCUGCUGUGAACAUGAACAGUGGAUUGCCUGUCGCAAUGUAUCCCAAGAGCUAUCUUACUGGAUCGGGUCUCUGCUCGCUGUGAUGUGCUUUCUUUAGAAUCUUCCUGGCACACCCGUGUACUGCUACCGGGUGAACUGUGGUCUUUCCCCCACCCCGCAUGGACGAGGAUUCACUCAACCACUAGUACCUAGCAUCGAUUAUAAUUUAUUAUUUACGCGCUUUUAUUUGGACAUUGGUCUGGGAAUCAACUGCAUUCUUCAUUAUAUAAGUGGUAAAAUAUCUACAUGUUUACCAAGGGACUUCUGUAGUACUGUCGGCUAUUAGCUGAAGAGCAUCCAGCUGAGAAAGCACUCUCUGACCUGUAUCCUUCCCGGUGGCAAAAAUCUAGGUUUUGCAGAUGUAUUGAAU